GCUACGAGCACACCUCCCCAAACCCAAAAUGUUGCAACCAUACCUCCUAACACCCAAAUUGAUACAUCCCCAUUACCCCAAAGGCAAAAUGCUGAACCCACAUGCUCCCAACAACAAAAUCAGUUACCUUCUUCUAGAGCUUCACACUGUGAACCUAGCAGCAAUGCAUCACCAACGUCAGUACCCUCCAGGCAUGUUGAAAUUCCUACUGGAGAUGAAGAUCAAGUGUCCAACAAUGAUACAUCACCAUUCAACAAUGAAGAUCCACCAGUUGGGUCUGUUCUUCCAAUGAUUGAGCCUUGUAAUGAUGGGUUUUAUCCAAGCAGAGUAGCAUCUAAAGCAAUCACAUUGACUAUCAAGCAACAAUUUGUUGAGCCAUGGAUGACUUGGGGUGCAAUGACGGAAGAACAAAAAGAUAUCUUCUUUCAGCGUUUUAAGAAAAAAGUUUCAUGGAGACCUGAACAUGAAGAGAAGAUAAAAAAGAUAUUUCACACAAAAGCAUCUCAUAGGCUUUCGAAAUGUUCAAGGACGCUUGUAAAAUAAAUAAGAAGCCGAUUGGAUGUUUGAUACAGUUUGGCAAAGUUUGAUUGCCCAGUGGAUGGCCCCAGAAUUUAAAACAAAGAGUAUCGAAGCUCAAAAAAAUAGAGCAUCUGAGAAAGGUGGAAGUCUGCACACAGGUGGCUCCAUCACCUCUCACGAGCAUGCUAUCCAGAUGGUAAUUACAUUAAACAACUACUAUAUUUUAUUCAACAUAAUUUUAGAAAUAUGAUGAUUAACUAUUUAUACAAUUAUAGUCACAAGAGUUGGGUCGCCUUCCACAUGUUGAUGAGUUGUUCCACCAAACUCAUGUACGGAAGGUUAUAGGCGAUUUUGUC